ACCUAGACUCUGCGCAUGCGUCCUUCGGGACUGGCGGGAUCGGAGACUAUGGCGUGGGUACCCGCGGAGUCUGCAGUGGAAGAGUUGAUGCCCCGGCUAUUGCCGGUGGAGCCCUGCGACUUGACAGAAGCUUUCGAUCCCUCGGUACCCCCGAGGACGCCUCAGGAAUACCUGAGGCGGGUCCAGAUCGAAGCAGCUCGGUGUCCGGAUGUUGUGGUAGCUCAAAUUGACCCAAAGAAAUUGAAAAGGAAGCAAAGUGUGAAUGUUUCUCUUUCAGGAUGCCAGCCUGCCCCUGAGGGUUAUUCCCCAACACUUCAGUGGCAACAGCAGCAAGUGGUACAGUUCUCAGCUGUUCGACAGAAUGUGAAUAAACAUAGAAGUCACUGGAAAUCACAGCAAUUGGAUAGCAAUGUGACUAUGCCAAAAUCUGAAGAUGAAGAAGGUUGGAAAAAAUUCUGUUUAGGAGAAAGAUUAUGUGCUGAAGGGGCUGUUGGGCCAACUAUAAAUGAAAGUCCGGGAAUUGAUUAUGUGCAAAUUGGAUUUCCUCCCUUGCUUAGCAUUGUUAGCAGAUUGAAUCAGGCAACAGUCACUAGUGUCUUGGAAUACUUGAGUAAUUGGUUUGGAGAAAGAGACUUUACUCCAGAAUUGGGAAGGUGGUUCUAUGCUCUGUUGGCUUGCCUUGAGAAACCUUUACUCCCCGAAGCUCACUCCCUGAUUCGGCAGCUCGCAAGAAGGUGCUCUGAAGUGCGGCUGGCAGUGGACACCAAAGAUGAUGAAAGGGUUCCUGCUUUGAAUUUAUUAAUCUGCUUGGUUAGCAG